AUGGUGCAGAAAUACCAGUCCCCAGUUCGAGUCUACAAAUAUCCCUUUGAGCUCGUCAUGGCAGCGUACGAGAAGCGCUUUCCUACGUGUCCGGAGAUCCCGGUCUUCCUAGGGAGUGAAAUCCUGCAUGAAUCCAGGAGUGACGACGGAGCUAUACAUAUCGUUGAACGGAGCUGCAAACUGAACGUGGAUGCUCCUAGGCUGCUAAAGAAGAUUGCAGGGGUAGAGUAUGUUUUCUUCAUCCAGAAAAACACAGUUAACUGGAAAGAGCGAACACUCCGCAUCGAAGCCCACAAUGAGACUUUUGCCAACCGUGUCGUCGUCCUUGAGACGUGUAGCUACUCCGUUCACCCUGAGAACGAAGAGUGGACUUGCUUUGAACAGUCGGCAUCUCUCGACAUCAAGUCCUUCUUUGGCUUUGAAAGCACAGUGGAAAAAAUUGCCAUGAAGCAGUACACGUCAAACAUCAAGCGGGGCAAGGAAGUGAUUGAACACUAUCUGAAGGAGCUGAUCUCCCAAGGGAUCACAUUCAUCCCCCGCUGGACGCCUCCCACCGUGUGCGGACGGAAGGAUGAGCGAACCCCGGCUGUGGAACACGAUGCUGGGGAUGUACCGCUUGAGUCUGGGGCUCGGGGAACCACCAAGGAGCAAACUGGCAGCUCCUGCCCUCCAGCAGAAGCUGUCAGCCCUGAUGGUAAAAGUCCAGCUGACAAAUUGGACGCUGAUUACAUUGAGCGGUAUCUGGGCCAGCUGACUCCGAUGCAGGAGAGUUGUUUGAUCCGCCUUCGCCAGUGGCUUCAAGAAACGCACAAAGGCAAGAUCCCCAAGGAUGAACAUAUCCUUAGAUUCCUGCGGGCUCGUGACUUCAACAUCGACAAAGCUCGAGAAAUGCUCUGUCAGUCACUGUCCUGGCGAAAGCAGUACCAGGUGGAUUACAUCCUCCAGUCAUGGAGGCCCCCGGCCCUCUUGGAGGAAUACUACACUGGAGGAUGGCAUUACCAAGACAAAGAUGGACGACCACUCUACAUCCUUCGUCUUGGCCAGAUGGACACAAAAGGCUUGGUGAAAGCUCUGGGAGAGGAGUCACUGCUGCGACAUGUUCUGUCAAUUAAUGAGGAAGGACAAAAGAGAUGUGAGGAGAAUACCAACGUCUUUGGCCGCCCCAUCACAUCCUGGACGUGUCUGGUGGACUUGGAAGGGCUAAAUAUGAGGCAUCUCUGGCGGCCUGGAGUUAAGGCUCUGCUUCGGAUAAUUGAGGUUGUAGAGGACAACUACCCUGAAACUCUGGGGAGACUGCUGAUAGUGCGAGCACCCAGGGUUUUUCCUGUGCUCUGGACUCUGGUCAGUCCCUUUAUCAAUGAGAACACAAGGCAGAAAUUCCUCAUUUACAGUGGGAAUAACUAUCAGGGUCCGGGAGGGCUGGUGGACUACGUGGACAAAGACGUGAUCCCAGACUUCCUGGGAGGAGACUGCAUGUGUACUGUCCCGGAGGGUGGGCUUGUUCCCAAGUCACUUUAUCAAACCGAAGAGGAGCCAGAGAACUCGGAUCACAUCCGGCUAUGGACAGAAACUAUCUAUCAUUCUGCGAGCGUCCUCAGAGGAGCCCCACAUGAGAUAGUUGUGGAGAUUCUGGAAGGGGAAUCCGUCAUCACCUGGGACUUUGACAUCCUGAAGGGAGAUGUGGUGUUCAGCCUCUUCCACUCCAAACGAGCUCCUGAAACAAGUCAUAAAGAAGCCACGUUACCAAGUAGCUCUGCUGCUGGGGACAAUACACAGCUAAUUGAUAAGACGUGGGUCCUUGGGGUGGACUACAGCCGUAUGGAGUCUCCACUGGUUUGUCGGGAAGGAGAAAGCAUCCAGGGAUCUCACGUGACUCGCUGGCCUGGCUUUUACAUUCUCCAGUGGAAAAUGCACGGCCCCGUGCCCUGCUCUGGCACUAGCCUCCCGCGGGUGGACGAUGUUCUUGCCUCUCUGCAGGUUUCCAGCCACAAGUGCAAGCUCAUCUACUACUACGAGGUGCUGGCAUCCAAGGACUUCAGGGGAUCCAUGUCAAGCCUGGAAUCUUGCAACAGCGGUUUUUCCCAGCUGAGUGGAGCCACGACAUCUUCCAGCCAGUCCCAGAGCAGCUCCCACCUUUCUAGAUAGCAGGGCCAAGGCUAGAGUGGCAAGGAAGAGGCACUGGGGGGUUCCUGCCCGCCCCGAGCCGCUCUGGGCACCAAACCAAAGAGCCUACAGGGGC